UCCUGUUGAUAAAGACUUUUCCCCAGUCGCACUGUCAGUGUUGAGCUGAACUGAAGUUUUUUCAACUGAUUCUGAGACAGCCAGAUUACGACACCAUGACUUCUCCUGUCAGAAGACUCCUUGCUUGGACUUGUGGUUUUAGUCUCCUCCUGGGUUGCGUCUUACCGCUCACGUUCCCAGUUGGGGAAAAUGCCAAUUUACCAUGCAGCUUUUUGCCUGAACAAGCACCUGACAUACGUCUAGUAUGCUGGGGUAGAGAAGUUUCGGAGUACGAGGAUGAGUGCACUGAUGAGAUGUUCCGGUCAGAUGGGAAAGUGAUUUUCACCAGACCGUCUGGGCGCUACCACUUCACAGGCAACAUUGCUGAGGGCGAUGCGGCAAUGACCAUCAUGGAUGUCAAUGAGGAUGACUCUGGAUAUUAUUUCUGUUUGGUGAAGGGCAUCGGUAUCUAUCAGUUGUUCAAUUGGGACGUGAAGAUAGAAGGACCCCCCAGAGAGGCCUUGGCCCCCUCCUCCAUCCAGACAGCACCAACUCCCAUCAUGGCCACCACGCCCUCCACUGCCAACGAGACCGAGAGUGAGACAACAAUUGUGGUGGCUUCCACUGUGACACCCCUUGUUCUGGUGAUGCUGACUGUUGCCAUGGCUGCCACAUGGUACAUUAAAACACGGACAGGCAGUGUUGACUUUGUGAACCCCAAGUGGACGGUCUUUGGGUCGGAGAUUGCGACGUUUUCUGACGAUGUGGCGUGGAAUGAAGGGGGUGUGGUGCUGACGAAGUUUACUCCUUUAGAGGAGGGUUAUGGGCCGGUGCAUAUCCCACCUGGCUUUGAGCGAGAUGUGGUGGUCACCCAACUGUGAGGCAGACAUGCUGACCACUAGUCCACCGUGCUGCACCUUCCAAGAUGAAUCAUUACAAUCACUCGGUGGAGAAGCUGUGAUUUCGAUGCUAACAUCGGGUUUCAUAACCUACUCUUUGACUAGCACAGAAUGAUUUGAAAAUGAAUUCUCUUCAUUGAAUAAUAUUGUAUUCUCGCCGUGAUUUCAGGUUUUCUUUGAUGCUUAUCUCCUUUA